AAGAAUAAGCUCUGUGAAACCGUACAAGCUCCGCGUAAGAACCUCUGCAAUUCGACGAUGGAGAAUCGUGAGCCACGUGAACCUUGGGGUGUUAAGGUAAAAAGUGGAGACUCUGUCGUUGUUGAGGCUGGAACUUGGGAGAUCCUGUAUCUUACAGAGGCUCAUCUGGACGAUGUCAAAAAAGCGAAGGGAAGUGAUCCUAUUGAACUCUAUUUCACAAUUACCGAUGGGGAAUUAGAUGAGACUAAUGUUUUGAAAACUAUUCCUCCUGAAUCAUUUGAGAAACCUUAUAAUUUUGAUGAGAUUGAAAUAGCUUAUAAAAUUGAGCUUUCGCAUAACUGGAAAUAUGGGAGCAUCCGCUUUACUGGACACAAGUGUGAAGCUACUAGGUUAUAUCCUUUAUGA